AUGAGUGAUGUAUAUCUAUUUAUAUAUCUCCAUUUUUUUUUAAAAGAGUUCUCACCAUUACUGGUUAAACCCGCUCCACUGGCUUGUCGCAUUAGGCAAUACGCGAGGGAGUCCUUUGGUGAUAGAAAUACAUGUGAGUCGCCAAUCAAUGAAACAUCACUUUCAUUUGAUUUGCGUCUUAUGUGCUUUAUUGGUUUGCUAAUUUUAUCUUUAAUUUGUUCAUUUUCUGGUAAUGCACUAUUAUUUACGGGACGAGUUACUGGAUUCUGUGUCAUGGUUUCACUUGGUAGUAUAUUAUCGCUUGUUGGAAAAUUCAUCAAAAUAUCUCUCUUUUUCUUUCUUUUUUUUAUUUCAUUUUGUUUCUAUUUCAGAACAUUUUUCUUGAUGGGUCCAGUAAAGCAGUUGAAAAAAAUGUUCGAGCACGGACGUUUUAUCGCUUCUUUGUUGUAUUUGAUAUCGAUAUUUCUUACUUUAUUUGCUGGAUUGAUUCUUUCGAAUGCAUUAUUAGCUUUUCUAUUAGUUAUUUUCCAAUAUUUGGCUAUGAUUUGGUAUUCACUGUCAUAUAUUCCGAUGGCGCAGUAUGCUUUUCUUUCUAAUUUUUUAUUAAAUUUUCGUGAUUUUAAAGUUGUUUUAAAUUUAAAAAUGAGGUGUUGA